AUGUCUCGCUCUGGUAGGCGGAAUGUGAACUUUUAUGACGGCUCAACGGGUGCUCAUCUCGGGGGUGUCCGACAAAAUGGAUCCAUCACAAACGCCAAUUUUUUCCACAUGCUGAUGGAUAUCUUACUCGUCGUCCAUGGAAUAAUUUCAAUCCGCUUUAGAGGGACCGGGCAACCGAUGCCAAUGAACACUGAUCGCUUAGCAGAAGGAGACUACGAUAUCUUUUGCCCUCGGGGCGAUAUCAAACUGACCGAAGAGAAUUGCGUGCGACGAGUUCACUCCCGUAGCCGAAGUAGCGGGGAAAACUCCUUUCGGGAUUCUGUACGGGCGCGAGAUGGAAAAUGCGUGUUGACUGGAGUAGUCAACAACGUUGCAAGUUUGGAUGAGUGGACCGGCUUUGAAGCGGCACACAUCUUCCCUAUGGAGCGCCAGGGACUUUGGCGCCGGUGUAAGUUCGACCGUUUUAUUACGCGUCCCGGGCGACAGCCAAUCAACUCAGUACAGAACGGCUUAUUAGUCGCGGCAACGAUGCAUAGGCUAUUUGAUAGCUUUCUCGUUUCCGUUAAUCCCGAUGAUUGCUACAAGAUCACGGAUUUUGGUGGCAAUAACUGGAAGGCCGAUGGUCGAGUACUGGAGAUCGUGUGCCGAGAUGCGAACAAUCCCGACCGUGUCGCAGAUGAAAUGCUUCGUUGGCAUUUCCGCCAGUCUGUGCUUGCCAAUAUGAAGGGGGCUGGUGAGCCCAUCUUCGAGCACGAUUUCCCCCCCGGCACUGAUAUGGUGAAAGAAAUCCUCCAAGGCCCAAUUCCGGCUCAGCGCAUGGAACUGGAGCUGUUUUCUCGGUUACAAGGAAUCCCGCAAGAGGACGACGAUGAAUCCGUCUAA